UGGAGGGCGGAGCCGCGAUGCCGCGAUGGAGCGCAGCCCGGGCGGGCGCCGGGGCCGGAGCCCGAGCACCAGGCGGAGCGCGAGCCGGAGCCGCAGCCAGAGCCCGGGCCAGGCCGGGGUCCGGGACCGCAGGGCCGGGCUGCUCGUAGCGGCGGCGACGGAGGCCCCCAGCGGCUGAGGGGCUUCCUCCCAGCCCCUUGCCGGUGGCCGGGACUCAGCAAACCCCCGCAGCCGGGGAGCGCGGGGAUCCCCCACUACAUCCAGGACCCAGAGGAAAGCGGGGGGGGGCCCCUCCAAAUCCAACACCGAGCGACUCCCCAGCCGGGUAAGGCGAAGACUUCGUCCGCAUUCAGAAAACAAGCGACGUUCCUACGGUACCGCGAAGACUCCCCUUCUUCAAUCUGGGCCCCCCAAGACCUAGAACGCAGUGACCCUUCCUGUCCGGCAUCACGGGCCCCCCCUUCUCAAGAUCUUGGUCAAUACAACUCCACACCUCAAAACACGAAGACCCAGCUCUGAACGCCCCUGGGUCUGAACGGCCCUCGGGUGUCCUAGACACCCCCAGUUCCGGUACACAGAAACCCCGAAUCUAGGGACCCGAGGACAGCAAGAGCUAUCCCUUACCAGCAGGAGGCCUCGGGGACCCCCCCUCCCAGAGCUCCAGGACGGGGACAACUGAGCCCCUCGCGGCGCCUUCGCAUCCCACCCAGCCCAUGGUUGUGGAGCCCUGAGCCCCCCCGGGCCGGGCUGACGAAAACCGAGACGGCGCCCAGGCCCCCUGCCGCGGCGUCCCCGCGGCCCCAGCCCAGGGAGAAGAUGAGCACGGGCUGCCCAGAGCCCGAGCCACCCCACUCCUUGCCCUGCUGUGGGCCAGGGACUGCCCCAGGACUGGGUGUAGGCGUGCCCCUCCUCACUGAAGACAUGCAGGCGCUGACCCUCCGAACCCUGGCCGCUAGUGACGUCACCAAGCACUACGAACUCGUCCGCGAGCUGGGCAAAGGCACCUACGGGAAGGUGGACCUGGUGGCCUACAAGGGCACAGGCACGAAAAUGGCGCUGAAGUUCGUGAACAAGAGCAAGACCAAGCUGAAGAACUUCCUGCGAGAGGUGAGCAUCACCAACAGCCUGUCCUCCAGCCCCUUCAUCAUCAAGGUCUUCGACGUGGUGUUCGAGACCGAGGACUGCUACGUCUUCGCGCAGGAGUACGCGCCGGCCGGGGACCUGUUUGACAUCAUUCCUCCACAGGUGGGGCUCCCCGAGGACACGGUGAAGCGGUGCGUGCAGCAGCUGGGCCUGGCGCUGGACUUCAUGCACGGGCGGCAGCUGGUGCACCGCGACAUCAAGCCGGAGAACGUGCUGCUGUUCGACCGCGAGUGCCGCCGCGUGAAGCUGGCCGACUUCGGCAUGACGCGCCGCGUGGGCUGCCGCGUGAAGCGGGUCAGCGGCACCAUCCCGUACACGGCGCCCGAGGUGUGCCAGGCGGGCCGCGCCGACGGCCUGGCGGUGGACACGGGCGUGGACGUGUGGGCCUUCGGCGUGCUCAUCUUCUGCGUGCUCACCGGCAACUUCCCGUGGGAGGCGGCCUCGGGCUCGGACGCCUUCUUCGAGGAGUUCGUGCGCUGGCAGCGCGGCCGCCUGCCCGGGCUGCCCUCGCAGUGGCGCCGCUUCACCGAGCCCGCGCUGCGCAUGUUCCAGCGGCUGCUGGCGCUCGAGCCCGAGCGGCGCGGCCCCGCCAAGGAGGUCUUCCGCUUCCUCAAGCACGAGCUCACGUCCGAGCUGCGGCGCCGGCCCUCGCACCGGGCUCGCAAGCCGGCGGGGGACCGCGCGCCGCCCGCGGGGCCGCUGCGCCUCGAGGCGCCGGGGCCUCUCAAGCGCACGGUGCUGACGGAGAGCGGCAGCGGCUCCCGGCCCUCGCCCCCCGCGGUCGGCCCCGUCCCGGUCCCCGUCCCGGUCCCAGUGCCGGUGCCCGUGCCCGACGCUGGCCUGGCCCCGCCGGGGCCCCCUAGCAGGACCGAUGGCCGCCCGGACAAGAGCAAGGGGCAGGUGGUGCUGGCCACGGCCAUUGAGAUCUGCGUCUAAGGCGCCAGGCCGCCCUCGGGCCGGCGUGUGCGCGCAGCCCGGCCAGGCGCUGAAGGCGCCCUGGGCCCGCGCCAAGCCCGGGGUGUCGGCCGCAGCGACACCCAGCAGCCCCUCAGCGGCAGGAGGGAAUAGUGCUAGA